ACAUUCAACCAACAAUGUCAGGGGGGAUAACAACCAAUAUGCCCCAAGACCCCGAAGAACACCAAGUUCUCCAAGAAUGGCUCUCUCAACGCCUCCUCAACUACCCCAGCAAGAGCCAACCCUUGCAAUCCAUCUACGCCUCAGAAAUCACCUCCCUCCAAGCCUUUGUUCUCAACCAAACAACCCCAGAAGAAGCAGCCCACGCCAUCACCCGUCCCAUCUCCACCACCCCUAUCCCAGACCUACCCGCAACCUACAACCCCGAGAUAGUGGCUCUCUGCCGACUAUUGGAGCUCCUGGUGGAUGCUCUCCUGGAAUGGCCCUCCUCGCGCACACCGGGUCUCAUCGCCCUCCUCACCGCCAUGUCAAACACCCCUGAUGGCCUCCACCGCGGAGAAGCCCUCGACGACGACGACGAGCUCCUCACCUGGAGUCAGCUCCCUUACAUCAACAUGGUCUGGCGAGACACCACUUGGAGGACGCCCAGCAUCAUCGUCGAAGAGUGCGCCGAACGUGGCGAUACCUCCGCUACUGCGCUGCACCACGCGGCGGACCAAUACAUCAAGGCACAAGAUAUCGAGGCGCAGCUCGUGGCAGCGGGACUAUUCGACAUGAGCAGGCCAUUCCAUUACGUGGUUCAUACACUUGAAUGGCAUCUCGGCACCAAGGACAAGCCCGAGACACAAACGAUGGGUUUCUGGGUCUCUGAGCCAUUCGAACCGCGAUUUCAGGUUCCGGCUGUGGCUGGUUGGAUGAAGCAUACUGGGCGGAAGUUAUAUGAGGGACUUUGCGGCGGUGAGAUGGAGAAUUGGAACCCGAGAAGGAUCGACACCGUGAUGAAACAUUUUGACUGCCCUUCUGAGCGGUGGGCGUUCUGGGAAGAACAGUUGGUUGGGGUUGCUAGGGACUGGCCGGAUGAGGUCGUGAGGCGUGAGGCGGGACGGGCUGUGGGGUAUAUGCGGGAUGUCGCCUAGAUGGGUUUGUACAUGAAACUCCACAAUCGGUUGGCUUGGUAUUUGUAUAUAUAUAUAUAUCUCAUGUUAGCUGGUUCCUCUGUGGGGACAUUGUAUUUGUUUAUGAUCUUCCACUGUGGAGCAUAUCUCAUUGAGCAACGUACGAAAGGAAAGCAAAGAUGGCACCAAGUAGAUCAAGUACCUAGG